GGAUGUUUCCUGCGCCUAAUUCCGAUCAGCACACUUCUACUCAAGAGGAUGAUGAUCCUAUCGUUCAAAACAUUCCAAGAACUAUUACCCAAUUGGAGCAAUAUGUAGCUCAAGUCCAUUCUCGUUUGUGCCAUUUGAAUGAUAUCAUAAUUCCUCAAUCUGAACUCACCACAGAUUUUGCUUUGCCGCGAGCGGAUAUUGAGGCUGAACGAAAUAGACUUCGAUCGAACGAUCCAUCUGUCAUUCGUCAAUUGGCCGAGUCUUAUUUGAUGCGUUAUAAAGAAUUAGAACGACGUAAUAAACAGCAAGCUCAUCGAUUGGAUGCAUUAGAAACGCGUGUAACGACGGCCGAAACUAUGGCAGACGAAGCUAUUCGAACACUUCGACAAUUUGUGGAUGCUGAACGGCGUCGUACAUCAAACUUAAAAUCUGCAAAUGCAAGAGUCGAUUCAUUAACUCUGGAUUUGAGCCGUUCUAGAAGUCAAUGUGAACAACAAGAACAGACAAUUGCUCGACUUGGAGAACAGAUUACUUCUCUCAAUCAGGGAUCAGCUUCACUUAAUCAGCACGUAAAUAAAUUACAAUCUGACAAAAACAUUCUAGCAUUGGAACGCGAUCGUUUAUUACACGAUCAAGAUACUUUGUCAGCUCAGUUAGCUGAAAGAGACGAGAUUAUUGAAAGUUUUCGUGAAAAAGAGCGUCAAAUGUCGGCCGAUUUGCGUGAGCGUAAGGCACUCAUUGAAUCACUUGAGGAGGAUCGCGACCAACGUAAUCAAGAGCUUGUCAAAGCCCAGCGCGAAUUUGAAAAAUUUUUGGAAGAAAAGGAUGCUGACAAUAAGAAAUUAUUGGUGAGAAUUAAUUGA